AUGGACGACUUUCUCUCCACCCCAGACAGCUUCCACGCCACGAAGCCUGCAGACAAGAAUGCGGCCGCCUCCCCAGGAGCGGAGAGCGACGCGGAUUCAGCCCUAUUGCAGAUAACAACAGAACUUGCGGCCAUCUCGGCCAACAUGUUCACCAAAAGUGAUAAAGCCGAUAAUGAAGACCUCUUUGAAGCCCUUACACAGCUCUUCACACACAUCUUAGGCGAGGAGGUCCCUGAUGACUUCCACAAAGAACGAGCCCACAGGGCCCUGCGCCCACCAAGAAGAGAUGGCCUCCCUCGAGAUGUGAUAUGUUGCCUACUUUCUUUUCAGCUUAAAGAAGCCAUCAUGCGAGCGGCACGCCAGCAGAGCGUCACUUUCCGUGACGCCUCGGUGUCACUGUACCAGGACCUGUCCUCCCUUACCCUGGAUGCCCAGAGGGCACUGCGGCCUCUAACAUGCAUCCUACAGGAGAAACGCAUACCCUAUAAAUGA